AGUCUUUGUUCAAACUUUUUUUGCUUACGUCUGACGGUUGCCUAACAUGCGUAUAGGUUACUGAACUAGUCUCAAAAUGGAAGCGAGACGAACAAAGUUUCUGUUUCUUUUUCUGACUCCAUGCGAGAAGUUGCAUCAAACAUUUGACUAGACUAUAAUUAGGGAUUGUUUAUGCAGUUGUUUUGGUUUAAAAUGGUUAAACAAACUAAUGUCCGUUUUUUUCUGUAGUUUAUAAUGGCAAACGUUUGUCUUAUUUUUUACCAACUGGUUUAGGCCACUUCCUGGUUGCUUCUGACUACCUGUUGUGUAGUGACUUGGACUGGAAUAUUCUGAGCUCAUUUACCCUGGAAUCGUCAAGACUAAAGAAUUUGGAUGUUUCAUGGAAGCCCUCGCUUUAAAAAAUCUACAAUCAAGAGGAAAACAUCUGAUUGUAUACGUUUUCAACCAUGGAAAUUGAGAAAGGUUUUUUGGAACCUGUGGUCGCAGGUUCGGAGGUAUUUGACAAGAAUAUUUUGCCUCCACUGCAAAAGUCCUACAUUUAUGAGGAGUCACAGCAGUCUUUUAGAUACACAUCUGCCUUCUUGGUAAAGAAUACCACACUGCAGAAACGGUAUGAGGCCUUUCGCACAAAGAGAAGAAACAUGGGGUACUCAGAAGAGGAACUGGAGGAGUCUUUUGGCUUCUUGCUGUUUGAGGAUAAGACCAUGGCUAUUACAUUGGCAGAAGUUGGUGUUGUAACUGGACACAGCACUUGCUCAACACUUGGAGAUCCUUCUAAGGGUGUGUACGUAUCCAAGUAUUCAGAUUGCCUGGACCUCAACCGCUGGUACCAGGGAAAAUCUGGCUACAUUGCCAUAAUUAGGCUGACCAAGGGCAGAAUCAAUAAGGUACCAGAGAACUAUACUCAGAACUUCACUUCUCCAACUGUGGGAUAUGACUGCCAUGCGUCAGAGCAGCUUGAUAAUGUGUCUGCUAACACCAGUUCCUUCCUGGCAUUUGAGCGAAGCCAGUAUUACAUGUAUGAGCUUCUGGAUGGUGGAAACGCAACAGCCCGGUCUCCCAGCCAUGCCUGCCCAUUUGCUGUUGUAUCUUUCUCCUACGGGGAUAGCAAAGCAACCACCGUAGAACCUCAAGAGAAAAGUGAGGAGGGGAAAGCAGUAUUCAACUACUACCCAUGGAAGGGUCAGCUACAAAUUAGGUCCAAGGUCUAUCAUGUGGGUUUGAAGUCCAGCACUGGGGCCUUAAUACCAGCAAAACUGCCAACAGUUAUGGAAGCUAGCAGAGCCAUUUCCAUGGUGGAUCUGAAGCUGUUUCUACCAAAGGCUGUGUUUGAAACCUGUUUUACUGGUGAAGUUUCUUUGGAUGGUAUGUGCUGCAGUCUGUACCAGUUGGUUCCCUCUGAGGCUGAAGACUCCUCUCUUUCUCUGCUCACACUGGAGCUCAAGGUUAAAGACCUGGCUCUCACAGUACAACUGAACGACGGUGGUUUUCUUAUACUGUUACAUUCCUCCCAGUUCCUCACCUAUGAAGACGCUGGGUCCAAUACUCCAGAAGUACUGCAAGGAAUGUUUGUGUUCCCAGACUCUAGAGCUAUACAAAGAGACACCAAGAUCUGUCAGACAAAGCCCUGCCUUUCACCAGAAGUCCUUCUGGUCUUGCCAGCCUUGAGCUAUGCUGAGACAGAGGUGGAUAAGUGUCUCCUGGAUCAAAAGGACGAGUUGUGUGAAGUCAUGGAGCAACAUAUUCAGAGUUAUGCUGCUCUUAUUCACCCAGGGCUGGAAGUCAGUCCAUCCAGGGAGGCCAGUUUCUUUCCAGAUCAGUAUGAUGUUCCGGACGCUCUCAAAUAUUUGUACUCCUCCCCGGUGUGGACAGACAAGGCAUGUCAACGCCUUCAGUCAUACUUGAACCGGCCAGACCCCUUUCAGCUGUCUGUUUCCAAGGCCACAGAGCUUUUGGCAGCUGGACGAGAGGAGCGAGGAGAUGAGCAAGAUGACGAUGUUUACUACUGUCUGUCUUCUCCAGAGGGAGGCCCUAGAACUCCAGUGAGUUGUGGCACAGAGGGACAGUCAGGUGGAGAGUUCCCUGCCUAUGCUUACACACAGAUGUGUAGAGACGCAAGUGAUACAGGCCUAGAAAAUAUAAGGAAAGACAUGCAUUCAGUGGUGUCUGAACAAUCCACGCUCUCCCAGCUUGCAGUAUUAGCCAAGGACUUGCAUGAACCAGCCACCGCAGUAUGUUUAACAGCAGACCGUCUCACUGAGGUAACAGAGGCCUCAGCUUCACUAACAUCUGAUGACAUCUCUACAGGAUUGGUGGUUAGCGUUACCUCAGCUCAAAGAACUGUCCCUGUUUUUCCUGAGGAGGACAAAUGUGACAUGCAGAAUGCUGCAUCGGCAAACUCCAGGACUGGUCAGUUAGAACUCCAGGUCUGUAGCUUUCCAAAUAACAAAUUACAAGUGGAGCAUAACAAUUCCUCUAAUGGAGAAUUUGCAAAGAAAAAAACCCUUUCUGAACUCCCAGAGACCACCCCACAAUUGAAAGUUGACUGGAGGAAACUUCCAAGGCGACGCCGUAAGGGUCAAGGAAAUCAAGAUGGAAAAUUAACUAAAAGGGUGUUAAGGUCUUCAGCACAGACAGUUCAAUACAAAGAACCAGAAACGGAAGAGAAUGUUGUGCUUUCCCAUCCGCUGAAAAGGAAAACAGAACGGUGGGACUUAAAGGCUAUCACAACCAAAUGUGGAAGAAUCUUUGUUCCGCAUGGUUCAGAAGAUGUUUCUAAGGAUACACAUUCACUGGGAGAUAGGAGGAGACGGAAACUUCAUGUAAAAUGUAUUGGUGAAACGAUGGUUGAAGCUUUGGUACAGGUGAAUAGCUCUAGCUCUGCUAUGGAGAUAAGGAGAAAGAGAUCAAUCACAGAGACUACGGAUGGAGAACAGAAUUCCCCAAAUUCGGACUGCAGUGUGGUACACUCUGAGAAGAAAGCGCUUAAUGAUGGUACUGAUUUACUUAAUAGAAAUUCAGAUGCUAAGGACAAUUCAUCCAAGGUCAACCUGACACAGGUCAACUGCACAACUUCACUUGUCAUAGAACCCCCUGCUUUUCUUUCCAAAGAUCCAAAAAAGCGGGAAUUUGUUGCAUUAUCCUUCAGCAAGUUAAAGAAAGUUCUGUCAAGAGGGGGCAAAGGGAAACCCCCUCGUCCUGUUGUCCAAAAUCAGGAUUCAACAUCGUUGACAACAGAACCUUUGCCAAAAAAGAGCAAGAUUGACAAAGGCACAGAAACUUUGGAAAAUGUAAAUAUGAGUGAGUUGGACAAAGUCACCCUGGAUGUGGGUACUGCUGAAGUCACUCAGACACAGCCUUUAGACCCAGACUUGGCAAGGGCAUUAGGUUUGGCGCCCAAGGCGUUAAGGGAUGAUACACAGAAAACUCCAAAAAGUGAUUCUCCGUUGAAAAAAGGCUCUCUAAGAAAAGUGGAUCAGACUACACCUAAAGGAAAGUCAGACAAAAUGCCUCAGCCUUCACCUAGCUCUUUCCCAACUUCCCCUACAAUGGGACGAAUGAGACCCCUUCAGAAGCGGGGUGUGUCCACUGAGACAAUCAGGAAAAAAUGGUGGUUGCAUUUUCACACUCCAGCCUCUUUUGCCAGUGAAAGACUAGAAAAAACUAAAUCUCCAGAACUACCACCAGUUUCUAGGAGUUAUUCAGUCAGUAAGGGCCAUUGUCUGCAGGAGGUGGUAAAUAGUGCAGACCCGCCCACAGACGCCCUGACAUUACUUGCUGAUUUGGCCCUCUGUGGCAGUAAUGACAAAGUCUUGCCACUGCCAGACCCAUUGCUUGAGCGCAAGCUUGGUCCAAGUUUGGAGACAUACAGUGCUAGUUCUCCUAAGCCACAGUCACUUCUUCAUGAUAUGCUAAGACCUUCCGCUGCUAAACCUUGUCUCCCUGCCGAGUCCCUGCUGCCAAAAGGUGUCAAGGGAAGACAGGAGGGGGUUGUCUUAAUUUCUACAGAGCAUUCUUACUCAUUGCCCCCAUCCUCCUCUCUAUUGGGUUUGUCAGGUGCUUUCCUCCAAGUCCCUGCUCUUUCCAGUACCGAGGGACUCCAGCAACAUCGCAAGGAUAUCUAUGGUGAUGGAACUCAAGCACUAUUUGCGUUCUUACGUCAGGAUAACACCAGAGAUGAACUUAACAAGUCUCAACAAAACCUCAACAAAAGCUUGUUGCGCAGGAGAAAGCUCCGGCGCUCACGUAGUUUUACUGAAAAAGAUGGCUCUAUUCAAGUGACAAGGCGGUGGAAGGAAAACUAUGACUUCAGUCUUGACAGCAAGUUUACUAAUGACCUGAAGGAUAAAACAGUCAUAAGAGCCCUUCAUGGUGCCUGGGAUUUCAACAUUAAGGACACUAAUGAGCAGAUCCAACUCAUCAUCCACAUGUGGAUUGGUCUGUUUUACAGCAAGUCAACUUCUAGGUUCUUUCACAUAGACCAAAGUCAUGCAUAUUGCGUAGAAAGAAGUUGUGCUGAAACGGUUCAUGGAACUGUUUCAGACGAUGUUUCCUCUAAGAUCAAAACCAGUUCUUCUGAGUUAGGAGUCUGUUGCAGGACGUCAGAUUCUGAGCUUUUGGACCUUAGUAAAGGGGCUCCAAAAGAACCUCUUAAGGUAUUGGACCUUUCAACGAAAAACACUGAAGUGGUGGAUGGAAACGACAGCAGAGAGGGCUUGCCUAUGGCUUUCAAAGACAGUAAAGAUGGAAACAAUUUACCAAGUUGCAGUGAAAUUGUGGAUGGACAAGACAAAGAAUGCCAUUCAGAUGAUGCCGAAAGAAGCAAAAUUCCCUUAAAAAAGGAUGUCAUUGUAGAAGAUACUGAUUUAAAAUCUUCAGAACAUGGUGGAUUAUGCAGUAUGUCAUGUGACACAAAAGGAACUAUGUGCAUUCAUCUUGAGGACAUGCCAGAGACCAACAGAGUUGAGAAGAUUUUAGAGGGCGACGACAUAUGUAACUCUCGAGAGUCAGAGAGGAAUUGUGAUGGAGAACAGAACUUAUCUCAAGUUACAAUGGUGCAAGCUGAAAGUCACAAUUCCUCCAAAACAAUGGCUUGCACAGAAGUGGAGGAGAGUUGCGAUGAUGCCCAAACUGAGGUGUAUAAAUCCAGAGAUGGAGGUCACUUUGAGGACAUGCAAAAACAAGCUCUUAAAGAGAAUGAUUGGGCAGAUGAUGACCCAUCACUUAUGGAUGUGGAUACACCUACAAAAAAGGAAAUGGGGCCUGAUUAUGAAGUAAAUUUGAGUUCUAAACCACAACCAGGUUUGCAUGUCGGGAAGGAUUCCAUUGAUAAGGCUCUCAUUGUGCAUGAGGAAAAUGUUUCAAAUGGUCAAGCUUAUCAACCAGUGCCUGAUGGAAUAGUUUCUAAAGAUGAGUUUGAAAUUGAAAUGCAGAAUAGAAUUGUUUCAAAAGCAGAGGCCCGACCACUGGUCUGCAAUGGCAGUGAUCACAGAGAGGAUUUUCUUCCUGAGCUAUAUGAAAAGAACACUUCUAGAGAAAAAACUGCUGAAGUGGGUGAUGGAAUUGAUCGUAUACCUACUGUACCACCAGUGGUAUAUAAGGAGUUAGCGUUUGAGUCACCAUUUGCAGUUCAAUGCGGAACUGAUUCAAAAGAUAAGUCACUGCACGUGCAUUGUAAAGGAAGUUCAUUAGUGCAGGCUGGUAAUGGGGCCAUAGGUGAUGUACUACCAAUGGAACAUAGUGAUGAUGUACUUGUAGCCAAAGUUCCAUCAGAGAUUCUUGAUGGGGCUAAAUUUAGAGGUGUUCUACCUAUUAAUGAGACUGCUACCGCCUUUGGUAGGAACAACCUUUUAAUAUGUGGGUCAAAGCCAGUCACAGGCGGCCAUUUGAAUUCGCUUUGUGGAGAAACCGUUGGUCAAGUUAACGAGUUUGCUUUUAAUUAUGGAAAUAGUAAUUGUAGAGAUCAGGAAAACAUGUUAGUACAGAGUGAGGGAAUGUUUGAUACUAACGCAGCUCAAAGUCAGCAAGGGCUCCAGCAUUCUGAAGAUGCAGUGCAUGGCCAGAUAGAAAUACCACUGAUAGGAGUAGAGAAUUCCAUGAAGGGUAUUACAGACAAUGAUGUAGUAGAUUCAAGAAAGGACAUCGCACACUCCAAGGUCUCACAUCCACAAAAUGAGACGUGCAGGGCUGUGCAAGAUAAGAUAAUACUACAGUAUGAAGUAGAUUCCAUUGCAGAUGUCACAAAUAAAGAGGUCAAUGUUGAUUCAUCGAUGGAUAUUCCAGAACCGGUGGUUGGAUUGGAAUCGAAUAUGGAUGUCUCAGAACCAGAGACUUCAGAGGACUCUUGUAUGGAUAUCUCACACUCUGAAGUUUUACAUCUACAAGAUGACCCAUCAAACCCUGUGCAAGGUCAUAUCAAAACUCCAAUGAAUGGAAAGUACAUUGAAUUCUUGGAAACAAAGGUAUCACAUUCAUCAAAAGAGAUGGAUGAAAUUGGGAGACAUCGGGUAGAAAUACCACUAAUUGGAGAUUGUUUUUCAAGUGAGUACACCCCACAGACAGAGGGUUUUGAAACCAAUUUGGUUGCAGAUGAAGUGUUUUACAACAACCACCAAAUGGUUGCAAAGGAAAGACCUGACAAGAGAUGCCAAACUCCAACUGUGGAUGAAAUGCCCUACGAUGCCAGCCCUUGGCUUGGGAGUUUGAGUGUCUUAACUCCAUCAACACUACAUGCAUUUAUCAAACACCCAAACUCAGGCAUAAGAAGAAGCUCAACACCGACACAAGAUGAAUUACCAUCGGAUCACACAGCUUCUGAGGACAGUCAGACUGUGAAUAUUGUUCAGUUGACAAAUUCUAACAGUAACAGCAUUUGUAACCUCCAUGGUCUUGCUCUAGAGAAAGAAGAUUUGAAUGAACUUACUUCUGGAAUUCCCCACCUUGUGGAGAAAGAGCUGCAUAAACCUAGAGACAGCCUUAACAAACCCAAUGAUCUAGAAAACCACCUUUCUUCAGAACAAGCCCCUAUCAAAUCCUUCUCCAUUAACCCAACUCCCAAUCUUGCCAAACCAUUAAACCUUCAACCCCAUCUUAACAAAACAAUUGACAAAAAAGGAUUUACUAAAUGCCAUUCAGACAAAACCAAUACAUGUGUAAUCCCACUGGAAAAAGAGCACAGUCUUUCCACAGAAGGAACCUCAAAGUCUUAUUACCCUCAAACUCACAAAUCUAAUGAACCCCGCCCAAGCAGCCAGCGACCAGUGAUGGCUGUAAAACCCUCUAAGAGUGAGGAGAGCAGAGCAGAAAACUUUGUCAUUGAACAAAUUGACUACACUCUGACUCCAGAUGUCUUCAGUGCAGAACCUGCCUACCCAAACACUACUGUUAUCAGUACUAGUACACAAUUAGCUACUGAUAUGAGAAUACAGAGUGACAUCUCCACUGGAGUCUCAGAGGAAAUGGAUGAAACUGAGGGAGUUCAAGAUGAAACUGAAUUCACCCAAGAGGCAGAAUGGCUAUCCAAAGAGCAACACAUUGUUCGGAAAUUAAACUUCAGUCAAGCAAAAUCUGUAGACAGAAAAUCCUCUUCUCAGUAUCAAGAAUGGGACAAACAGGAAUAUGAUGAGGUUUUGCGUUCCAGCAGAGCCAGUUCAUCCUCCACAAAAUUAGUAAAAACAGACAUGAAUACAUCACAAAAGGACUGGUACCAGUAUUGCCAUGCUGAAGAGAGAAGGACGCUAGUCAAAAGUUGGCUUGAUGAGAAUGAUGACAAUUACAACAUGAGAAAGUCAUCCUUAGUUGCAGCUUUGGAUCACAGUGAAAACAGGGUCACCAAUGACAAACCGAUUGUGAGUCCCUCAAUAAACAUGCACACCAGAACAAUUAUAAAUACAAACAUUAAGGGCUCUAAUUGUUCUCUGGUAGAAUUAGCUGAGAAGUGGACUCCACCUGAUCUCACCCAAUCCUCUAUGGACAAAGAGUGUCUUAUCUUCUCAGAAAAAAUGAACCAGAUACUGAAAGGCCAAAGGACGAGUGACUGCCAUGACAAGGCUACUAGUUACGGCAGUAGCUUGAGGCACCACGAGUCAAACAAGGAAUGUUCUUCCGGUGGCAGCCCUGUGACUGUGUGCUUCUCUAGCCUGAAAGAUGUGGAUAGCCCAGAGGAGCAUUGGGAGGCACUUCCAUCACUUAUGAGACAAAAGAUUAAAGUGGCAAUGCCUGAAAGGUGUGGUAUGGCUGACACAACAGAUGGAGAAACCUCUUUGCAUCUUCAGAAAUUAUACUGUGCAAACGGUGAUGAAGCAGCACAUUCCAAGGUCUUGGACAUGGCUGUGGAAUGUGCCAGGUUAUACAGUGCCAUGAUGGAUGAUGUUUGUGCUGGCAAAAAACUCCCAUCCAAACCAGAGAAGCAUGUAGAAGACAUAAAUCCAUCCAAUACCAGACCUUGCAACAACACAGACUUCUGUGGCCAGAUGAAAAGAGAUCUGUAUGACAGCCUGCAUGACAAACUGAAUUCUGUCGUUAGACAGUCCUGUAAGAUCAAGUUCAGGUUCUUUAUGCUGGUGACAUCAACAGAUACCUUCUUCAGAGAGACCAAGGAGCUAUUGGAGUCAGAGGGCCACUGUGAAGUAGGACCACCUCAGUUCUUCCUUAAUGAGGAUGUUCCCUCAUCACCUUUAAUCAUCAUCAUAAGAAAUGAAGAUAUUGCUGAUCACAUUUGUGAGGUCCCUCACUUACUGGAGCUGAAGAAGUCACCUGGUGUAUUGUUUGCUGGUAUUGACCGACCAGAUGACAUUGUCAACCUCACCCAUCAGGAACUGUUCAGCAAAGGUGGAUUUGUAGUGUUUGAAGGAACAGCGCUGGAGGUCCUCAAUCUUUGCAACAUGAAAAAAAUGGCACAUUUCUUAGAGGAGAUGAGUAAGAAGGGAAAGUGGAAAUGGAUGUUACACUACAGAGACAGCCGUUUGCUAAGAGAGCAUGCACGGUCAAGUGCUGAGGCACAAGAAAAGAAGCUAUACAUGGACUUCUGCCAGGAAACUGGAAUGGUGGAGGUAUUGCCUUACCAUGAGUGUGAUGUCAUUUCAAAAGAGCGCCCCAGCUACCUCCAGUGUUUAGUUCGCCUGCAAGUUCAGAAUAUAUCAGCCCGUUUUCCUGUUUUCAUAACUGACACAACGGCAGACAAUGCAUUUGCUAAACAUGGCAUCUUAACAAUGAAUAUAAACUCUUUCCUGCUGAUUUCACAGACUGACUCAUGCACCAUUUCAUAAAAACAUGAACAAGUUGGGUGCACAGGGGGUGAAAUCAAAUGCCUGAUUGCAUGAUUUCCACCAAAAAUUACAAAGUCUUGAUCAAUUUUUAGGGAAGAUUUGUAUUUUAAAUGACACCCCAUGUCACGUGACUUUUGUACUUUUUGUGCCAUUUAAGAAAUGAUGGCUUCUUGUAUAUAAUGGAGAUAUUUAUUUUGUGUGGUUUUACAUAGCAGACAAUGCAUAGUGUAUUUCAAUCUGUAUAUUUGGAAAAAAUGCUGAUUUUUAUAGUUAAAACAUUACUUUAUGAUGGUACUUUCUUUGCCCAACUGGAAACCUCCAAAUUGGGCCAACAGAGCUUCUUACAAAUAAACUACUUUUUAAGUUUU